AUGUGCAAUGCUAAUAAAAAAUGCUUUAGGCCCGCAUGCAUGCUGGAAGACUUAGUAAAUGAGAUUAAAGAAUCUCCAUACUCACUUAUUGUAGACGAAAGCACAGAUGCUUCAACGGAAAAAGUUCUCUGUAUAAUGAUACGAUAUUUUUCCUUUAAAAAAAAAAAAUUUUUUACCACAUUCUAUCGUCUUGUGAAAAUAAGUGAUGCUACAGCUAACGGCAUUUAUAGUGCUUUGAAACAGCAACUGGAAGCUGAUGGGCUUCCAUUGAAAAAUUUAGUUGGUAUUGAGGUCGAUAGUGCAAAUGUAAACGUAGGAGCUAACCACUCUGUUUCAACGCUGUUAAGAGAAGAUUUGCCAGAUAUUAUUGUCAUCAAAUGUAUCUGCCACUCUCUACACUUAUGCGCUAAGAAGGCAGCGGAACUACUACCCCGCCAACUAGAGUACCUUAUUAGAGAAACUCACAAUUGGUUUUCGCACAGUAAUCCUAAAAAAAUUGCUGGUCUUAGUGGCACUCGAUGGCUCGCUAGAUAUUCUGCAAUUGACACCAUUUUGUCGCAAUGGGAUGAGCUGAAAUUAUUAUUUGAACUAUCUAAGAGUAAAGAAAAAUGUUUGACAGCGCAACAUUUGUAUAAGAUAAUAUCAUGUCCAGCGUUCAAAUUAUUCCUGGUGUUUCUAUACUCCAAUUUAAAGUUACUUACAAAUUUGAAUAAACUGUUUCAAAGCAACGAUAUUGAGAUGUUCAAGUUAUUAGACGAUCUUUUCUUUUUGUAUAAAAGUAUUUUACAGCAGAUUGUUGUUCCAUCACAAUUAGAAAAAAUUAAGGAUGAUGAUUUAGUAACU